GAGAGAGAGAGAGAGAGAGAGAGAGAGGGAGAAAGAGAGAGAACGAGGACGAACGGACUCACGCUCGUGAACAGGACGUAGCACGCAGGACGACAUAGUGCCUAUUGUGCGAAAGCCCGGCCGUGAGAUCGGUGUACUUUGCGAGGCGCCAUCGACAUCGUCACAGCGACGACAUGGAGAAUGCGGAGAACCAGAGCAGUGUCGUCGAGAUGUCGCGAAAGAUCUCCGAGACAUGAAGAGAGCGCGACCGAGGAUCACAUGGGUUUCCUUGAGUCGGGGUCGGCGGUAGCAGAGCCGUGAUCAAAAUGAACCUGAUAAACAUGGACGCGGAGAACCGCGUGGUUCUGAACGUGGGCGGAAUCCGGCACGAGACGUACAAGGCGACCCUGAAGAAGAUCCCGGCGACCAGGCUCUCGAGACUGACCGAAGCGCUCGCCAACUACGACCCGAUCCUCAACGAGUAUUUCUUCGACAGGCACCCGGGUGUCUUCGCCCAGGUACUCAACUACUAUCGCACCGGCAAGCUGCAUUAUCCCACGGACGUAUGCGGCCCGCUCUUCGAGGAGGAGCUCGAUUUCUGGGGGCUCGACUCCAAUCAGGUCGAGCCUUGCUGUUGGAUGACCUACACGCAGCAUCGGGAUACGCAGGAAACGCUGACGGUCCUCGACAGGUUGGACCUCGACACCGAGAAGCCUACCGAAGAGGAACUGGCGAGGAAAUUCGGCUUCGAGGAGGCGUACUACGAGGGAUCUCUCACGUGGUGGCAGAAGCUCAAGCCUCAGAUGUGGUCGCUUUUCGAUGAGCCCUACUCCUCCGUCGCAGCUAAGAUAAUCAGCAUAGUCUCCGUUUUUUUCAUUUGCGUUUCGAUACUCUCGUUUUGCCUGAAAACCCAUCCGGACAUGCGAGUGCCGAUGAUCGUGAAUCGCUCGGUAAGGAUUGACAACGUGACGUCCUGGGUGGUAGACAAGACCCGCACCAACGCCCACGACGUCUUUUUCUACAUCGAGUGCGUCUGCAACGCCUGGUUCACUCUGGAGUUCCUGAUACGUAUCACAGCGAGCCCGAAUCGCUGCGUCUUCAUCAAGAGCUCGGUGAACCUGAUCGACAUGGUCGCUACUUUGAGCUUCUAUGUCGACCUGGCGUUGCAGCGGUUUGCCGCCCACCUGGAGAACGCCGACAUCCUCGAGUUCUUGAGUAUCAUACGCAUAAUGAGGCUGUUCAAGCUCACGCGCCACUCCUCGGGCCUCAAGAUCCUGAUACAGACCUUUCGCGCCUCGGCCAAGGAGCUCACGUUGUUGGUGUUCUUCCUCGUCCUCGGCAUCGUCAUCUUCGCCAGCCUGGUCUACUACGCGGAGCGCACCCAGUACAAUCCCAAGAACGACUUCAAGAGCAUACCUCUUGGUCUGUGGUGGGCGCUGGUGACCAUGACCACCGUCGGUUACGGAGACAUGGUGCCCAAGACCUACAUCGGCAUGUUCGUCGGCGCGCUCUGCGCACUGGCCGGUGUCCUCACGAUCGCCCUGCCGGUGCCCGUGAUCGUUAGCAACUUUGCGAUGUAUUACAGUCACACGCAGGCGCGAGCCAAGCUACCGAAGAAGAGACGCCGCGUAUUGCCGGUCGAACAGCCACGUGUGAGGGCACCAGGUGCGCCACCCGGGGUGACCGGCGGACCCGGUACCGGCGUCGGGCCCCCUGGUUGCGGCCAGCAAAUGUCGCACUUGCAGUCUGGAGGGGGUUCCGUCACCAGCGGGCCCCUCGGCCCCGGCAUGGGUCAGACGCCCGGCGUCGCGUGCACCGGUCAAGGCCAAGGCCCGCAGAAUCGUAGGAUGAACGCCAUCAAGACGAAUCAUCCCAAGGACCCGUUCGCCACCAAAACAGUGGGUUGCAGAGGAGGACCGGAGGAUCUCUGACCUACGCACCAACGGGACCAAGUCAGCCGGAGGUUUGGGUUAAGCCAUGAUGUAAAAAGAUGAGAUGUAACGUUCCCGUGAAUGCGCGCACUCGUCCAAAGUAAAUCGCGCGCUUUUCUCGACCAAACUGGGAACUGGUCCCAAAUCGGCACAUAAGAAGGGGAAAGAGCAGAGUAUGAGAUCACGAGAGAGAGUGCACGGUGGUGCUGUGCGAAUUUGCGCGACAGAGUGCGCGAUUAGUGUAGUCCACACGCCAAGUGAAUCGGGGUUCGCCAUUCGCCAUUCUCGCCAUUCGCCAUUCGCUCUCGGUCUGAUUUCUGGAUACAUAUCUCUUUGUCGCGGCGCACUCGCCGAUCCCCGAUCGACGCGAACAAUUUUCGCCUCGCGUCCUGCGACCUUGAAAAUGCCGUCGUAUUUUAUGCCGCACGUUAUUGUUCGCGCUUUUAUCCCGCAUUCUCGCAUUCGUUUCGUUUGUUCUCUUUUCUCUCCCCUAUUAAUUCCUUACACGCGCGCGACUCUUGUACCGACUGAUUGCCGCAUUUGAGACCGAUUUCCCCCGACUGGCAUUGGUUGUUCACCACUAUGCCGCGCCGUCACUAUAUACUAUGCGCGACGUUACAGCUCGUCCCUUUAUAUCAUGGAUUAUAAGCUAGAGAACCAAGCUUAUUCUCCACUACCGAGCAAUGCCCCGAAAAAAGUGGAGGGACUCGAAUCCGUCUGGAAACUGCCCAGCAAUAGAGAAUAAUCUUGAUUCCCGCUUAAUUCUCUCUAGAUUCCACAAAAUAUAUAAUAGGCAUACAUAUUACCGUCGGGACAAAAAGAGCGAAUCCGCGAGAACGGCUCUCACGGCGGCCAAUCUCUUUUGCGUCUCUCUUUCUUUUCUCGUCUUUCGUUUCUUUCGUUACCGGCGGGUCGUACAUUGAGGCUGAGGGAAUUUUUAUUUACGGCUUCCAUGCCGUCCGAGUCGCUCGCAGGAGGUUUUGGGUUAAACUGCAAUCAAGAUUAUUCUCCACUGCCGUGGUUAACCCAAACUUCCGGCUGUCUUGGUCCCGCGGAAGCGUAGAUAAAAAUUCCUCCAGCCCGGACUGCAGACUCCGGAUAAACAAUAGGUAUACACACACACACACACACACACACACACACACACACACACAUGUAGAUAUACAUCAUCGAGACGAACAAAGAAGAAAGAAAGAAAAAAAAGAAAAGAAAGAAGAAGCGGAUGCGAGAGUCUCUCGGCGGUUAUACCACCGCGAGUCAUCUAUUGAUCUAAAUAGGCAAACCGCAUUAGGAAGUUGAGGAGAGAUCUUGUGUAGCGAGUAGGCAACUCGUUUCUUUAGACUAACCUUACCCUCCUUCCUUCGCUUGUGUGAUUUAUUGUAUUUUUUAAGGAUUCGCCAAGUAACGCACUUGACGAUUGGCGUAUAAACGCCAAUCACUGUAUUUAACGCCACGUAUUAUCGAUAAUCGAAGAAGCAUCGUCUCGUUCGAGGGAUCUCGUCCGGAUCGGAUUUUUCGUUUUCGUGCUUUGAUAAUAAACGUCGCGAUACGACUUGUAUAAUUUACGCCUCGCGACGGAACCUUUUUACACGCUCUUAUCGCUUACCGCAUUGGCGCGCAUUUACCUACUUUCAUCUGGAAUAUUUAUUACGAAAACAAUAAUCCUAAUCUCUCUCUCUCUCUCUCUCUCUCUCUCUCUCUCUCUCUCUCUCUCUCUCUCUCUCUCUCUCUCUCUCUCUCACUGCAAGUGCUCCGCGUGCUGAACGUGCAACAUCGCGAUCGGAGCAAUUUCGGCUAAAUAUCGUCUGCGAUUAUAGAAUUAUCGGUUAUAGAAAUAUAUACCUCCGCCGUUUCUCCUCCGAUCGAAAAGGAAGAGAACGUUUCCUCUUUUCCGAUAUCUGUUCCUUUUCGUCUGUUUCUGCUACUUUUCGCAGUUUCAUUUUCGUUCACCGUCUCGUUCCGGGUAUAGUCGUUAAUAGGCGAGCGUAAAACGAAAAUACCCCGCAAGAGUGCAGCCAAAUAUCUUAUACCGUCCACCAGACCGCACCGUGUUUGUGACUCGUGUAAACACACCGUGUAUCAAGCGUGGCUUCUAAAUUUAAGGUAGACGGUUAUCCGAGACACACAUUGUGGCGAGGAAUGUGCGCGCACAGUAGAAACGGGGACGCGAACUUUAUCCGCGGUACGUUGAGACUAUACGACACCAUCGUCGAUAUCAUCGCGCUCGGGUUUAUACACAUGUCACUUUGAUUAGAGAGAAAAAAUAGAAAGAAAGAAAAGAGAAACCGCACCGAGAUCGCGCGCUUCAUCGCGGAAGAAUCUCUUCCCAUCUUCCAAUCAAUUUACUCGCGUAUAUAUAUAUAUAUAUAUAUAUAUAUAUAUUCCGUAAGGCCACUCCCAUUGUUAAUAAUGUUAAUAAUAUUCCCCAUGUAAGACCCAUGGCAAAAAUCCGAGAGGAGACCAAAGUAGGGAAUCGCGUUGUACUGACGCGUACUGACGCAAACGCGCGCAUCACACACACACACACACACACACACAUACACACACUCUUUUAGCGUACACCCUCUUACCGUCGUAAAUCUUUCCGCACGUAUCUGCGGACGUACGUACGAUGUCCGUCCGAUUCUCACCGCGGCGCGGCGCGGCGCGGCGCGGUUGCGUCAAUGUCAGUCAAAAGGUUGCAGUCUCGCGACUCGCAAUCUUUUUCGCGAGAAAACAACGUUUCGUCAGCGGUUGACACCUCAGCGGCGAAUGCGGUGAGAAUGCGGACUCUCUCGCGUCAGCUUCCCGCACGUCGUGGAUAUCGCCGGGACCAAACCGUCAAACUCCUCUGCCCUUCCCCCCAGCCCCCAAAAAAAAAAAAAAAUAAGAAACAGAUAUCACCGUGAGGGGUAUCAUUUUUGUAAUAUCAGAGCGGGAGAAGCGGCUAUCCUUGCACCCCUUUUGCACGCGGCUUAUCGGUUACAGCUCCUUCUGUAACACUAGCUGAGCGCCUCUUUCUCUACGUCAUAUAUAUAUAUAUAUAUCUCUGUUGUGCCUGAGGAGCAGGGGGAGAAGGAAGUGCAGAAAGGAACGAUAAAAGCAUAUCAUAUAGGCGCGUAUGCGCUAUCGAUCGAGCAAUUUCCACACGCCGUUUUCGCAAAUCGUUCGGUCGGCUCUGCGAACACACAGUCGUCGUUUGUUCUCCCGAUGAAACUAAUCGCGACUUUCCGCCGUCGAAUCGCAUCUUCGAAAAGAGCGCUUCUCUUUCGGGCAGCUCGAACUUGAUUUCGCAGAUUUCGCGGCGAACAAAAUCGACCGCACAAUCGUAUCGUUUCGCUCCCUCCUCGGUCCGACGACGUGACCGACAACGUGAAUCGUGCUCGAAGACGCGAAAGGACGUUCUUUUUAAAGCGCGCAAAAGACUACGACGAUCGGAUCGAUGUAUCAUGUCCCGCGCGUCGCAAAUCUGUCUGCUUCGGAGAAACGUGUCCAUUUUCUUGAAUAAUAGUACGCGCGAUUCAUACCUUCACGUGAGGAGAAUACACACACACACACACACACACACACAUAUAUACGUAUUGUAACUUUGAUAUUUUAUUACGCACAAACGUAAAGUUGCUUUUGUAUAUACAUCCGCGUAUAUUCUCUGUAACCAAGUUUUAUACGGCGCUAUCGUGCAAUCUCGCACACACCGAGUGCUUGGUCUUACAUCAUGAUUUGUCGUAUGUAUUCCGUCGUUUCGAAAUCGGUCCCUUCGCGCCGGCGUCGUGUAUAUCCCCGACACUCGUCUCUCUUGAUAACGAUCCGCUUGGAACGCAGCCUCACGACGUUAGCUAGAUAAGGAUUAUUUUUAAGUGCGGAAAUUUGCGCGCGUCGACUUUUCUAGGCGCGUUGUUUCACACAAUAAACGGACUACUGCCUGAUAUACAUA